UACUAAGGUUGACACUCUAUAGCCUCUUUCGUGCAAAUUGUUUGUGCUGUGAGCGAAGGUUCUUACUGAAAGGAGUGUUAACCGUUUGAUCAGAAAAAUGGCAUGGUUAUGUAGUCGUCCUGUUUUCCAGACAUGUCGACGUAGUUUUUUUUGUAAUACUGUUAAAUACCGAAAAACUUUACCCGACCCAUUGGAUCAUGCUACGGGAUUGGAAAAACGUGAAUUACUUGCCGCAGCUGCAGGAAAUUUUGAUCCAUAUAACAUGAAAGCCAUACAAGUAGACCGACAGAGCACCAAAGACACUCCAAAUUUAGUACCAAGUGCAUUCAAAAGUCGCAUUGUGGGAUGUAUUUGUGAAGAAGAUUCCGCACAUAUAAAUUGGAUGUGGUUACAUGAAGGUCGGCCACGACGCUGUGAAUGUGGACACUGGUUUAAGCUUGUUUAUAAAGCUCCCCUUUAA